UAUUGACAUUUAGAUGAAAAGUAUAGCCUCGCAUGAAAGAAUUACAAUUCCCAAAACAACAGUAGAUAUUUUAAUAUCAAUACUGUUGUCAUUAGCAACAAGACUAACAAAAAUGUCUCAAUUAUUUUUCUAUAAAACACGUGAUGUACACAAACAAAAUGGUAGCAUUGCACAAUCCAAGCUGUCUGACAAAGAAAGAAAAGGCUCCAGUCUCACUACAUCUUCCAGGGCUUCCACAGUCUCUCGACGCACCAACAGAUCACUGGAUACUUUACUGUCUCUGCGAUACAAGGAAGCUAACAGAACCAAACACAUAACAAGAACGCAAACAGCAAGCUCGUUACCAGUAAUAAACUCGCCUGACUCGCUUCUCCCUUCAAUUGACGGCCGCACUACAGCAAUCACGUCAAAGAGUUCAGAAUUAAACUGUAGAAGAGAUUCGCGCACCUCUCACUCGUCAAAUGAAAGUCACACUGAAAAGCAGCAGGAGAAGAUCAGACAAUGGUUUGCAACUGCCACGGAAAAGGAGAAAAAUGUAGCAUUAAACUUGCUCUCAGCUGUUUCACCAAAUCUUUGUCCCAAGAACAUCAAGCCAAAGCUCUGCUCAAGAUGUGGAAAUAAUGAUAACACUAAACAGAAAAAACAACAUCUUACUCCUCUCGUAAAGACGGUCACAAGCGAAGACAAGACAAGAAUAAACACAUCGUUUGUUGAUCACGUUAUACCACUUAAUCAAGGUGCAUUAUCAUACUACACACCAUGGAAUUUACCGCAUGAAUUUGUCAUUCAUCCUGAGUGGAACGAACCGUACAGAAAACCACAACCACAAUUAGAGAAAUUGGAUGAAAAAGCCGCAAUCGAGCCUUGUUACGGGUAUUGGAGAAAGUGACGUCGAUUUUUGCCUUUGCGUUUUUUUAAAGUCUUGUUAGUUAUGUGCACUUUUGUCAAAAAGUUGUGUAGUUUUAUUUAUGAAAAAUCUGGACUUAAAAUGAUACAACAUGGCCUAAAA